AUGAAGACUUCUAAUGCAUUCUCCUUCUCCUUCUUCUUCUUGCUUGCUCUCUCUGCUCUCUUCACCGGAGCUGAGUUCAUAUAUGACUCAGACGGCGACAUCCUAAACAACGGAGGCGCUUACUACAUACUGCCACCUGGUUUUGGAGGCGAAGCCAUUAAAGGAGCCGCCAUUGAAAGAAGCCCGUCGUGCCAACUCGCCGUCGUUGCAGAAAUAUCAUACGAUAAGGGCUGGGCAGCAAAUAUUAGAACGCCAUUUCCUGUCAAAUACAUCACAAACGAUUAUCCUUUAAACAUAUCGUUUGCUAAUUUGCCAUCAAACGACUGCACAAAGACGGGUGAUUGGGUGGUCAUAGAUUUGAUCGGGUCGGAGGGAGAGCCAAUUAUGGCUGGCAAGUUUGAAGAAUUGAAGCAUGCUGUGAGUGGUUAUUUCUACAUCAAGCCAUAUGGGUCUACCCGGUUUUAUAAGCUUGCCUUCUGCUAUUCAACAGCUUCGUGUGGAUACGUUACUUUGAUGAAUACUCAUACCACCAGCAACCGCCUUUUGACUGUGUCACUGGACAGGAGUAAAGAACCAUUGGUGUUCAAGUUUGUGAAGGCAACAAGUAGCAGUGGGAAAGUCGCUUCUGGUAUAUCCAUGGUGGUGUGA